UGCCUCCAGUGCUAAACCUUGUGGCAGUGUGAAAAUUCUCCACUCCCUUAAAAGGAAAAGGAAAUAAUGUCUACCAAUUGGAAACCCUCUUCCACCCUGCAAACCUUUUGAGGUUGAUCGGGCCUGUGUGGCUGUGUGAACCUUUUGUCACGUAUAUUGACCCAAAUCACUUGAGACAAAGUACGGCUUCUAGUGACUCAGAUCGAGUGUCUCUUUAAGGAAAAAAAAAAAUUCGAUCAGCAUGUCACUCAACUUCCUGCCUUCUUCUGAAGUUUGAGUUUGAUUCAUUGAUAUUUCUUGCCCCGCUCAAUGUAAGUCCACCCAACUGUGCUCAACUUGCUGUACUUGCUCAGUUUCCUCAGCUUGCUCAGCUUGGUCAUGGUCAUUCUCGCCGCUUCUCCACAUUUUUGUCCCAUCGGUGAAUAUCCCUGGCAAGCUCAUCCAGGCUGCUGAAUGCCACUCCCAUCAGAUUCGACUGGUUCCCACUUUGUUCUCGUGUGUUUUGGGGCGUUCAAGCUGACCAUUCCAUGAUGGACGGCGAGGAUUAUGACGCUGGUGUGGAAUGGAAUGCGCCUGGGGAAGUGGGGCUCAGUCCUGGACAGCAGUAUUAUUCCAACGCCUGUGGAGAAGAAGGGCAGGAUCCCUAUGAAGCUCCAUGCUCCCCCUCGGCAGGCAACUCGCGACAAGCUUCGUCAGGUUUCCGUUUUAAACUAUCUUUUAAUCGUGGCUCAAGCCGGAAACACUCACAACCCAAAGGUCAAUCAUCUCAGCAGUCAGGGGCAACAGCAGGUGCAGCAGCAUAUUCCCAAGGUCCGCUUCCAUCAGCUCUAUCUUACUACUCAGGUGGAGGUCCAUCAGCAUACCCCCAAGGUUCCGUCUCACCCGCAGCUGCAGCUCCGCCACCGCAUUCCCAACGUACGCGUCAAGGUGCAGUAUCUUAUCCCUCAGGUUCAUCUCCGUCACCAUAUUCCCAAGGUUUAGGUGGAUCCCCUCCAUCUUAUCCUGUCGGUGCAUGUCCGUGUCCGUCACCUUAUUCCCAACAUCCAAUCAUUGGUCCAGCCCCAUCUUAUAAUGCAGGUGCAGAUCCACGUCUGUCAACUUAUUCCCAAGGUUCCGGUCCAGCCCCCAUGUCUGCUCCUGCCGGUGCAGGUCCAGGUCCAUCACCGCAUCCCCAUGGUUCCAGUGCAACCCCUUCAUCUUAUUCUCAGGCGGCAGGUGCAGGUCCAGGUCCCUCAUCAUAUACCCAUGGUUCAGGUGCAGCCCCUUCAUCUUACCCUGCAGGUUUAGGUCCAGGUUCAUCAUCGUAUACCCAUGAUUCAGGCACAGCCCCAGGUGUAGGUCCAGGUCAACAAACAUGUACCCAAGGUUCAGUCAGUAGUCCAGGCUCACAAUCUUAUGCAGCAGGUUCAGGCUCAGGUCCAUCACUGUACACCUCAGGAGGUUCGGGUCCAUUAACCAGUUCUGCAGCGCCUGGUUUGCCAGGUGUCUGUCUUCCACCAUCCCCAUAUUCCCCUUCAACAGCUCCGUUGCCUGGCCCUCCUGGGAUGGGCGAAGCGUCUGACUGCCUUGCUAGUGGUCUAUCAUCUACGCCAUCUUCUGGUAUGGGUUCACCAUCUGGUCUGCCUGGUGCAAACCCCCCUCAGCAUCCUGCCCCAUCCUUCGUCAGGUAUCAUAACUCCUACUCCGAGCCAUGGGUUGGAAUCGCUGCUUUGGAUGCACGGGGAAGCAUUGUUCCCCGACAUCCUUUCCGGGGGGAGCUGUCCAUGGUCCAGAUCCCUAUGCAGUACUUCUGUAUGGUGUGCUUGGACGUAGUUAAGAACCCGGUCACUUUGACAUGCGGACAUGAAAUGUGCAAUGACUGCUUUGCCAAGCGAGUGCCACGUGGAUCACCAACGGUCUGCCCUGUUGUUGAUUGUGGGAGGCCUUCUAAUGAUGCCCCAGUUCCGAACGUUAGCAACCAGGCAACAGUGGGCAGCAUCCGAAUCCGAUGCACAAAUGGGAUCUCAUAUGACGUGCAGUCAAUGAGGUAUAAACGACUCAAACAGAAUAUCGAGGGAGUGCACCCACCUCCAGCAGAUAACUAUUGCCGGGAACAGUUGACGUUUGACACCCUGGAAUCGCAUUUACAAAAAUGUCCCUACAGUUUGAAGCUGUGUCGAUAUCAACCUCAGGGAUGUGACGAGGUCUGCUUGGCUCGGGAGCUCGCGCAGCACGAGGGAAUGUGCACAUUCAGAAUGGCUGCCUGUCCUGAGUGUAAUCAGGAAGUUCCACACACACGUCUGCAGGACCACAUGGUCAAGGAAUGUCGGAUGGCAACUGUACAUUGCACGUAUGAAGACUUUGGUUGCUCAUUCACAGGUUUGCGGUCAACCCUUGAGGCACAUGUGGACAAAUGCCCUUUCGGAGAGCCAAGUGUGAGGGCCUCCUUCGAGGCACUCACUGCUCAGUUGAGCAGAAUGAGAAUCCAGGUGCAAGAGGAAUGCAACUUAGUCAAAGAUCUUCAGAGGCAGCUCCAGUUUUUCCGCCACCAGCAGGGUAGUUAUCAGUAACUGCACGCCUGUACAUGCGUGUGUGAACACGCACUCCAUCUGUGUUUGCUGUGUGUGUGGAUGUGCUUGUGUUGGUGUGCGUGUUGCAUGUGUUUGCAUGUGUUUGCACGGGGAGAGAGAGAGAGGGAGAGGGAGAGAGAGAGAGAGAGAGAGAGAGAGAGAGAGAGAGAGAGAGAGAGAGAGAGAGAGAGAGAGAGAGAGAAUAUUACUGAUUGGCACCAUGUUCACCCCUGCAUGCGCCUGCAGUUCCAUUUAUCUGGAAAAUUGUUAAAAAUCUAUAACUAUAUUAAGUGCUAGUGCUCAUAGUCGAAUUAAGGUUGCAGGAGAAGGCAUACCGCUCAAACUGGACUCUUCUUGGAAAGUGAGAACGACUGCACUCUUCUUUUAUUGUUCCCGUAUGGCCCUUGUUCUUUUUCUUUAAUAUUUUAUUAUCUACGUCCUUUGCAAACAGUGCCCACUCAAGCUCGUUUAUGAGAAGCCUAGUUGGGUGGGUGAAUGGGUAGCUCGCACCUGUUCAUUGCUACCACUACCUCCACCAUUCCCUAUCCGAAAGAAACAGACAGCCAGAUAUGAGGGUAGGCUGGUGCUUGUACUGAUCAGAAUUUGAGGCUAUUCUGCUGGGGAGAGAACAAGAGGGAGAGUGGAUGAAUGAAUAGAACACUGACACAGACAUUGUGACGCUCGUCAAGGCCAGAACGAAAGAGUGAGCGAUGGAGAUAGAGUGAGUCGGUGAACGGGCAGUGAGUGAACAAGCGAGAGAGAGAUUUGUGGGGAGGGCACACACACACACACACACACACACACAUAGAGAGAGAGAGAGAGAGAGAGAGAGAGAGAGAGAGAGAGAGAGAGAGAGAGAGAGAUUACUGGCUGAAUUUGGCACGUAUUGCAUUGCACUACUGUGCUCCAGUUUAUGGUGACAGGACGCGACUGUGCAACAUGAGGAACAACAUGGUGACCAGGUGAUUGUCAUCACAAGUGGUUAAUAGGGCCCCUCCCUUCUGAGCCCAUGGGUUACCCCUUCAACCAGACACAGAGAGAGAGAGAGAGAGAGAGAGAGAGAGAUUAUUGGCUGAAUUUGGCACGUAAUGCAUUCCACAACUGUGUUCCAGGUUAUGGUGACAUCACGCGACUGUGCAACAUGAGGAACACCAUGGUGACCAGGUGAUUGUCAUCACAAUUGGUUAAUAGGGCCCCCCUCCCUUCUGAGCCCAUGGGUUACACCCUCAACCACUGAAAUAGGCAUUUGGUCACGUCGUAAGAAGUGUUGAAAUUUGUUUUUAAGUCGUCAGAAAACGCGAAGAGCUUGGGGUCUUUUAACCAUCUGCUCACGAAUAUUUUUCUUUCAUUCGCAUUUAAAAUCUAAAAUGGGUUGAGACUUCAAGUAUGCUGCCAAUAGUCGCAGAAUUGCAGAAACCUAUGUUUCACCCUUUUCUAUGGGACGCUGGACCCGAUUCCCAGCAUGUGUUGAUCUCCAUGAAUACGAAGGAGGUAUGAAUGCAGAAUUCAGUACCAUGGAGGACCGUGAGCUCCCUGGGACCGAUAUCUACAACAAACUCGUAAAGCUUAGUAGGCCGCAGGUGUAACGCUGCGUGCUGAUAUUUUUGGUUUUCUGGUAGUUGUGGACUUUCAAUUUUGAAUCCAAGGGCCGGCAUUGCCUGAAACAUGCUUUUCGACAAAAUGUGUCCUGGCCUAGUUGACGGACACGUGGUUCAUUGUGGAAUUAGCUUUUGGUGCAACAAGAGUGCCUUGCGGCCGUGGAUUGACUGUUGUCGAGCGGUGUCUGCUUGAAGUCCGGCGUGGCGGGUGGUCGAUCGUGUCAGAGAAUCG